AUGUCCCCAACAACCAUCCUCCUCCGCGCCGAAACCAAAGCUGUCGAGUGUCGUUCCGCGCUAACCCCCACAACCGCCAAAACCCUCCUCGACGACGGCUACAACAUCCUAGUCGAGCGCAGCCCGGCCCGGUGCUAUCGCGACGAGGAAUUCGAAGCCAUCGGCGCUACCCUCGUCCCGACUGGAACAUGGGAAAAAGCUCCGAAGGAGUAUAUUAUAUUGGGGUUGAAGGAGUUGUCUGAUGAUGGUGUACCCGACUACCACACACAUAUCCACUUCGGCCACUGCUACAAAGCCCAACCAGGCUGGAUAAACUACAUCUCCUGGUUCAACCCCGAUGGCGGUCUCCUGUACGACAUCGAGUAUCUCACCGAUGAGAAUAACCGUCGGGUCGCUGCGUUCGGAUAUCAUGCUGGAUAUGCGGGGGCGGCUGUGGCGCUGAUGGCGUGGGCUCAUCAGACCACUGGUCCUGGCGGUGGUGGUGGUGCUUUGGGGGCUAUUCCUGUCUUUGAGUCUGCGGGGGAUGUUGUUGAUGCUGUGAAGACGGGUGUGGAAUCUGCUUCGCAGCAGCAGGAGCAGCGCAAGCCGCGAGUACUCAUAAUCGGCGCGCGAGGUCGCUGCGGGACUGGAGCUGUUAAUUUCUGUCAGCAAGCUGGUCUCCCCGACUCACAUAUCAUCCAGUGGGAUAUCGCAGAGACUUCAGCCCGAGGUGACGGACCAUACCCCGAGAUCAACGACGCAGACAUCUUCAUCAACUGCAUCUAUCUCCCCGCGGGCACGCGGAUCCCCCCGUUCGUCACUAGAGAGUCCCUCUCUGUCCCUGGACGGAAGUUGAGUGUGAUCUGCGACGUGAGCUGUGAUCCGACGAGCGAGUUGAACCCGAUCCCUGUAUAUGACCGGUAUAGUUCCUUUGAUGAACCUACUGUUCCUGUGGACUUGGGUGAAGGUGAUCAGGGACCGCGCCUGAAUGUGGUUAGUAUUAAUCAUCUUCCGACGCUGGUGGCUAGGGAGGCGAGUGAGGAUUUUGCGGGGCAGUUGUUGCCCAGUCUUAGGACGUUGGAUCGAAGGCAGGCAGAGGGGGUGUGGGUGAGGGCUGAGAGGGUGUUUCGGGAGAAGGCGGAGGAGGCGAGGGAUGCUAGUUGGAGGGCGAGGUGGUUGCCGUAG